AACAGGGUACGGUGGCAUGGAAUUUAAUUAUACUGAAGGGACUACGACCACAUUCCAAUUCGAUCUGUGUGAUGUGAUUCAGUGUGGAACACGGACAGCUCACUGGCGGGGGUAUGAUGUGUAUCUAUGUUAUCAGUCAUCAUUAAAUAGAGCAUGCAGAAAGGGAAAAGGGUAUGCCAUGCAGUGGUGUAAGGGCCGGAAUAAGGUUACGAGCUACACCGGAUGGUGGACGCCUGUGUAUAAUAGUGGCAGGGGACAACCGCCAUUAGGACCAAUAGCAUUAUCCAGAGCCCGAUGGGUGCCGGGAAAAUACGACUCCAAUGCAAACAAUAAUCCCUUACUUUUGACAUUCCAAGGUCCGACCCAAGGCUGGACCGGAUCUCUUUACUUUAUUUUGGGGGUGGACAUUUCAGGUAAAGAUCCAAAAGCCAUUAUAAAGGUAAAUAUUGUCCAACCUAAAUCAAGCGGCUCCACGUCUGUGGCAGCUCCCUCCCAAACCAAGGCCACGUCCACGCAGACAUCUCAUCACUAACUUAUGUCCACAGACGAUCGAAUAAAGGUAAUAGACUACACGCAACUAGAUUCUAAUGACGUGAUUAAGAUUAAGACGUGAUUUGGCAAUUUGUAUUUGUUAGCCCUAUUUGUCUUUCCAUGUUACAUUCGGUUCCCCUAGGUCGGACGUAACACCACCGAUAAAAAACAAUACUCUUACAGGACCAUUCACGCCGGAAAAAGGUAACGGCACUUAUAUCUGUUUUAAUUUUACUACACCCAGAUGCAACAUCGAUCACACAUCCGCACCAACCAUAGGGCUUAUGGGCAACAUCCCCUCUGAAUGGUGUAACGAAACCAGGGAGGGAACAGACAUUGGUACAUGGGCUCGCGCCGGACUAUACUACUAUUGUGGAGGCGUCAGACUUCACGUACGCAUCAAUUCACACUCUAGGGGAGUGUGCGCCAUGGUAAGACUGCGCACACCAUUACUUUUAUUAGGAGACCAUCUUAUCACCUUACAUACAACGCAUGACAAAUCGACUGCCCUUACUCGCCGACGACGCAGACACAUAUUGAACAGGGCGCGUAGGGAGGUCUCCUCGCAGUCGUUUGACAAUUUGCUAAAAACUAGUCCUAACAAUCCCACAUACAUAGAUGCCAUAGGUGUUCCCCGUGGAGUCCCGAACGAAUUUAAAUUAGCUGAUCAGGUAGCGGCCGGAUUUGAGAAUGUUCCUAUAAUAAGUGCCAUCUUCCCAGUGACCCCGAAUAAAAAUGUCGACCGUAUUAAUUACGUACAUUACAAUGUAUUGAAAUUAGCCAACCUCUCCCGUGAUGCAGUAGCAGGACUCUCGGAACAACUGGCGCCCACUUCCCUCAUGGCUAUACAGAACAGAAUGGCUCUCGACAUGAUUCUGGCCGAGAAAGGGGGUGUAUGUUCCAUGUUUGGAGACAUGUGUUGCACAUUUAUCCCAAACAACACGGCACCAGACGGAUCUGUAACCAGAGUCCUGGAAGGCCUGAGAGCGCUCUCGAACACAAUGCACGAACAUUCCGGCCUCGACAACCCCAUGGAUGAGUGGUUUGCUAGCACGUUUGGUAAGUGGAAGAGUUUGAUUUUAUCCUUAUUAAUGUCGAUUGCAGUAUUUACAGCCAUCCUGGUUACAUGUGGCUGCUGUUGCGUGCCUUGUAUUCGGUCUCUGAUGGUCAGGUUUAUCACUACUACCAUAGAAGGUAAAUCUCAGCCACCGCCUUAUAUGAUGCCCCUCCUUCAGGAUGAAGUGGAGAUGGAGCUGGGAGAUAUCAGGGAUUCGUCUGCAGUUUAAAUGUUUGAUUUUAUACGCUGGGCUAGCUUGUGUUGAUCUCUUUAUAGAGAUCAAAAGGGGGAAUAACAAUUUUUCAUUUAGUUAGUUUAGGUUGAUCUCUUUGUAGAGAUCAAAAGGGGGAAUUGUGGGAACAGUAAAAUGUAUGCGUGCUUAUGAGUGCUUUAAUAAUCAGGUUUAAUUACUAGAAGUGAUUCAAUAUGCAAUAUAUGGGACAUAAUCAAUGGAACAGAAUACACUGAACAUGUACUGCGUGCAGAAGUGGGAAAACACUGGAAGGCCGAAUGAUAUGAUUGUAUUGAGAACAACAUGUACUUAAAGGUCACAAUGUAUUUUCUGAAGAUGUCUCGCGGGGGGAGCAGGACGCGCCGGACCACAAUCUAACAGAGAAAGUGUGUCAAAGAGGAGAAGUAGAGGAGCCUAUCAGGAGUAGACAAACACCCUAGACUGUAGGAAUAGAAAAGAACUGCUCCCGCGAAGGCAACUCAGAUCCAGACUCAUAUCUUUGUAUGUACUGUGGUCUCCACACUCUGCAGACUGUGAAUAAAUACUCGUACUCGA